GCGCGUUCCUUUCUGUCCGCGUGCCCGUGGAUUACGGAGUGUCUCCACCGUGAGGGUUGCCAGCGUGAAGUGAAAAUGCCAUCAAAAAUCAUCUUUGAAGACGAAUGUCAAGCCAUGGAAGAAGAAGUGGACACCGGGUCGGACGUUAAAGUUGUGAAGAAUAAGAUCAAGGAGGGCAAGAAGCUGAAGAAGAAGAAGCAGUCGGAGGAUGUAACAGAGCAGGAAGACCCAGACUGUGAACCUCCAGCGCCAAAGAAGAAAAAGAAAAAGGACAAGCUAACAGCGGACCAAGUAAACGGACACAUGGAUGAGGCAGCAGAUGUGAAUGGAAACAUUAAGAAUGAUGAAACACCAAAGCAGAAAAAGAAGAAGGACACAGAGAAAAAAGAGAAAAAACAAAAAAAAGCAAUUGCUGGGGAAGCAACCAACGGACAUUCCUACCCAAACACCCCGGACCAGACACCGUCCCAAUCUAGUGAAGACUCAGCCAGUGACAGCGAAAAAGAACCAGAAUUAACACCAGAGCAGAAGGAAGGAGCUUUCUCCAACUUCAGGAUCUCCCCAGGCACAAUUGCUAAACUACAAGCUCGGGGAGUCUCCUACCUGUUUGACAUUCAGGUGAAGACAUUUAAUCCUGUGUAUGACGGGGAGGAUGUAAUUGCCCAAGCCCGAACAGGAACAGGGAAAACUUUCUCCUUUGCCAUCCCGUUGGUGGAGAAGCUCCAGAAGGCUCAAGGGGAAAUAAUAAGAGGUCGUGCUCCAAAGGUUUUGGUGUUGGCCCCAACCAGAGAGUUAGCCAUCCAGGUCGCAAAGGACUUUAAAGACAUCGCCAAGAGAGUGUCUAUUGCCUGUUUCUAUGGUGGCAGCUCAUACAAUCCACAGAUUGAUGCCAUCCGUAACGGUAUUGAUAUUUUGGUUGGAACCCCUGGCCGUAUCAAAGACCAUCUCCAGAACAAUAAACUGGACCUUUCUAAGGUCAAACAUGUUGUACUGGAUGAAGUUGACCAAAUGCUGGACAUGGGAUUUGCAGAGCAGGUUGAAGAGAUUCUGGCUACAUCUUAUAACAGAGAUGGCGACUCCAACCCACAGACUCUGCUGUUUUCAGCCACCUGCCCAGAGUGGGUCUAUGAUGUGGCCAAGAAAUACAUGAAGCCAGAGUGUAAACAUGUCGACUUGAUUGGCAAGAAAACUCAGAAGGCUGCAACAACUGUGGAACAUCUGGCCAUCGCUUGUCAUUGGUCGCAGCGUGCAGCCGUGAUAGGUGACGUAAUCCAGGUUUACAGCGGCAGCCAUGGCAGAACCAUCAUCUUCUGUGAGACCAAGAAAGAGGCCAACGAGCUUUCCUUGAAUGCAUCCAUCAAGCAGAGUGCACAGUCCCUUCAUGGUGAUAUCCCUCAAAAACAGAGAGAGACGACACUGAAAGGUUUCAGGAAUGGAGCCUUUGAAGUUCUGGUUGCAACCAAUGUUGCAGCCCGUGGCUUGGAUAUCCCAGAAGUUGACCUUGUGGUCCAGUGUUCACCACCCAAGGAUGUGGAGUCUUACAUCCAUCGCUCAGGGCGUACAGGCCGAGCAGGAAGAACUGGAGUUUGCAUCUGUUUCUACCAGAGAAAAGAAGAGGACCAGCUGCGCUACGUUGAAAACAAAGCUUGCAUCACAUUCAGACGAGUUGGUGUUCCCACUGCCAAUGAUAUCAUCAAGUCAUCAAGCAAGGACGCAGUCAGAUUCUUGGACUCCGUUCCAGCUGCAGCUAUUGGAUACUUCAGAGAAUCAGCUGAGAAGUUGAUCGCAGAGAAAGGAGCAGUCGAAGCGCUGGCUGCAGCUCUGGCUCAUAUUUCUGGGGCUACAAGUCUAGAGCAGAGGUCACUGCUUAACUCUGACGCUGGUUACACCACUCUUCAGUUGGUGUGUUCACAAGAGAUGCACAAUAUGGGUUAUGCCUGGAGAACAAUCAAAGAACAGUUAGGAGAACAGAUUGAGAACCACAUUCACAGAAUGACUUUCCUCAAAGACAAAACAGGUGUUUGUUUCGAUGUCCCAGCUGACAAAGUCAAGGAGAUUCAGGAGACCUGGAAGGAUGGUCGCCGCUGGCAACUGACUGUCGCCACAGAACUCCCAGAGCUGGAAGAGAAGCAGUUCAGUAACCGUGGCAACAGAGGGUUCGGCAAUGGUAACCGUGGCGACAGAGCAGGAGGAUUCAGAGGUGGAAGGGGCCGAAGUUUCGGGGGAAAUGGUGGCCGGGGAAACGGUGGCCGUGGCAACGGGUUCCGGAACGGCAGUGGGAGCUAUGGCAACAACAGAGGACACAAACGCAGCUUCAGCCAAGCUUUUGAUUAUUGAUGUGACUGAUGAGACUUGCUGUCACGCUUCUGAGCUGGCACAGGCUUUCAUUGGCUGUCAGUGAGAGGAAUUACUGAAUGGCCAAGGGGAAAAAUUCACCACCAUUGUUGUUCACUGGCACAACUGUUCAUAUAAGGCAUAGUUGAUGACCAAAAUACGUCCUCUAAUUAUUACGUUAAAAUAUGGAUCAAGAUUUGUUUGAAAAUAGUCUUUUUCAAAGGGUCUGAGGUCUUUUUUAGUAUAAACACUUGCCACAGACGGUCAUUUUAUAUUGUCUGAUGCGUGCUUCUUUUCGAUAACACAUUAGCUCAAACUCCUGAAGUGAUAUAUUCUCAAAGACUUAAAUAUACUUUAUUAAUUGUGGCAUUAUUAAUUUACUGUACUUCAAUUGGCAAAGGAUUGGAUAGAAAAAAUCAGAUACAAAUCAACCUGCAGGUAAAGUUGAGCAUUAUGGGACAAAAAAGAAAGCAUGAAUAUGUCAUUUAAUGAGUUCGUGCUAAAAUGUUCUCUUUUUUUAUAUACUGGGUGUUUGGGGAACAGUGGCAGUAAUUAGACUGUUAAACGGUCAGAUUCAGUAAUUACUAAAUAUGCCACUUAUUAGGAGUACAGGUGAGGGAGGCCCACAGCACUUCAGACGGUGUCUCUGAAUACACUAUAUCUGCUGUGCAUUCAUAAACCAGCAGGGGUCUCCAUGAGCACAGUCUUCACAGCUGAGCUCAGUGACGGUUUGGUGCCUUUACCCUCAGCUCCUACCUCUCUCCAGACAUGUUGGAUGAUUGCUUUGCAAUUGCCUUUAUUUAAUACCUGUGUCUACUGCAUUCAUUCAUUUGAAUGAAGUGAAUUAUUCAUUAAAAAGGUCAACCUGG